AUGUGGCAUGACGGGCACACACGGCACGAUGGAUGCACACGACAUGGUGGGUGCAGGCAGCAAGGUCAUGGCACGAUUGGCGUACUUGGCAUGACAACAAGGUGCGGUAUCAUAGGACCCAAUACGAAAUGGGUCCCUAGAUAUAUGGAACCCCCAGAGGAGGUGGGAAGACAGAUACACCUGCGUGAUUGGGGGAAUGCAGACCCAAGGGAAGCCGUAGACACAGACAAGCGAGAUGGGGCCCAAGCAAGCGCAAUGGUUGCGGCAACAGUCGGCGGGGUACUUGAGGCACACCAACAACUAGCAAGGAAGAUGACCGUUACACCCGACGGCUAGUCUGAAUACUAUGUAACGGCUUCAAGACUUCCCUCAAGCGAUACUUCAGACACCCGAUGGCGGGAAGAUGUACCAGAGACGUGGGAGGACUUCAAGACUUCCCUCAAGCGAUACUUCAUACCCUCAACUCGACUAUUCAAAGUGGUGUUUGAGUUGACAACACUCAAGCAAGGGAGCUCUAUACGAGAAUAUGUGCAGAGAUUCUUGACGUUGAUGCUUGAUAUCCCCAUGAUGCUCGAAGAACUCAUGAUACAAUUCUUCCUGGUUAGACUACAACCAUGGGCAAGGAGAGAAUGCUUCAUGUACCAUGACAACACCCUGGAUGAAAUGUGCAGGAUUGCAGAGAGCCUCAAAGACUACCGUCUAGCCAACCUGUCUCAGAAGCUGCGUCGAGGGGUUAUGGACGACAUGGCUAGGGGAAUGGGUGGCAAGGAUAGGGAGGAGGAUGCACUAGUCAAAUGACUCAUGCACUACUUGAUCCAACCCCGUCCAAGGAUGCGAAAAGACUAUAUGGAACGGACUGCUUCAACUGUGGAGGAUCACAUACGAAGUAGGACUGUCCAAGCUUCAACAAGAGGCCACGGUUGAAUACUAUCCAACAACUCAACGACGAGAAGGAAACCAAGGAAGGAAUCAACUCAUUUGAAAUCGUCAAUUGCUUGCAACCGACACAAAGGCAACCAAGAAAGAGGUUGGUGUACAUAGAAGCCCAAGUCGACAAAGAAAUUGUUGUAGUAAUGUUAGACACUGGUGCCACAAGUAAUUUUAUUUCUCUAGAAGAAGUCCAAAGAAUUGGCCCCAAGGUAGAAUCCACCAAGACAAAAUUCAAGGUGGCAGACUCCUCUAUGCAACCACUAGCGAGAGUAGUAAAAGGGGUGCACACAAAGGUGGGGAGGUAG